GGAUGGCGGGAAAGAUGGCGCAUGCAUGUUCGCGCGUGAAAGCACGUGAACGGGAAAGAUGUCGUCAUUUCCGGUUAUGCCGACAUCUAAACAUUGAAUUUUUCUGUAUGUUUUGAUACAGGUCGAAGGGGUUGCUUGCUCGAUGCCGUCCAAAGUAUCUCCACCCCCCAACAAUGAGGAAUUUAACAGAUUAGACAGGCAAUGGAGACCUGUUUUUGAAAAGUAUGAUACGGAUGAAGAUGGGUUAAUAGCACUCGACGAAUUAAAACUUUAUCUACAAAAUGUAAACACUGCAAUCAAAUCGGAUUUCCCACCAGAAGUGAUAGAAGAAAUAAUCGAGCGUGCCGACUGGGACAAAAAUCGUCACUUGAGUUAUUAUGAAUUCCUUAAAAUGGUUCAUGCUGCUCAGAUGUAUUCAAACAGACCAUAUUUUCACAAAUUACUGAAAUUUGCUACAAAAACUGUUGUACCACAUUCCCAACAAGCAACUGUCCUAAGAAAUUACAUACAGUAUUAUAAUUGUAUGCCACCUCCAUUAUUUAUGAUAUUUAUUACUCUUAUUGAGAUUGCAGUAUUUAUAUAUUAUUGUGUAGAUAUGAAAGAGUUAAGUUCUGUUGGUCCAGUUCCAAUUGAUAGUAUAUUAAUUUAUAAUCCGAGACGAAGAUACCAAGCUUGGCGUUACUUGACAUACAUGCUAAUUCAUGCAGGUAUUAUACAUAUUUUAUUCAACAUAUUAGUACAAUUACUUUUGGGAUUGCCAUUAGAAUUGGUGCACAAAUGGUGGAGAGUUGGACUGGUAUACUUACUAGGAGUUAUAGCAGGAUCCCUUGGAUCAUCAAUUACAGAUCCAAAUACAUUUUUGGCAGGUGCCUCUGGAGGUGUCUAUGCAUUAAUAGCAGCACAUCUAGCUAACGUGAUUAUUAAUUUUAAAGAAAUGGAAUUUGGUUGGUUGAGAUUAGUAGUUCUGUUUGUUUUUGCUGCAACUGACAUAGGAGCAGCAAUAUACGGUCGCUACGCACAGGGCGAUCAUCAUCAAACAAGUUACGCGGCACAUCUUACAGGCGCCUUGGGCGGUCUUCUCGUCGGUCUUGUCGUACUUCGCAAUAUUAGAGUAUACAAGUGGGAAAAAAUAUUAGGUUGGGUAAUGUUGGGUCUGUUUUGCCUACUGAUUUUACUCGGCAUUCUUUUCAACAUUCUUUGUCCGAAUUACUUUCCAGAACCUGAUUAAAACACUAAAAUGUCUUGUACAGUAAAUUUUUUUCUGGUAUAAUUUAUAAAAUCAUUAACAAGAGAGUUAAUAUUAAGUGAAAUUUUUUCAAAAUUGAUAUAAUUCACUGAAUUAAUUUCCAACACUUGGUUAUUUGUUAAGUUAAAAAACAAAAGUUUGGUAAAUGUCAAUAUUUUAUAAGUUAUGUGAGACUUAAAAAGUCUAUUAUAUAUAUAAAGGAUGGCCCAAAUAUCAGUUAACUGCUUAAACACUAAAUCUUAUUCAAAUACUUGACUAAAUUUUUUUUUUACCAUUUUAUAUAAGAAAAGUACGUUUUAAUUUCAGUUUGAUUUGUAUUCACAAGUGUACUAGAAUUGAAAAAAUAACAUAUAAAGUUAACUGACUUUUGGGGUAUUCUAUACACAUAUGCAAUAUACUUCAUAAUAGUAUUUACCGAAUAUAGAAUAAGUACAAAUUGACGUUUUAAGUAUUGUUUAUAGCAAAAUUACAGUUGUAUCAGUUAAUAAGUUCAUCAUAUUCGGUACGAUAUUCACUCCUAAAUUGUGAAUUAAUUUAUUUACGAAACAAAAUUUUUAGCUGUAAUAAUAAACAUGAAAAAUUUAAUCAUCGUCCUGAUUUUUGAUAUAAUUUUUUAUUCCAUGUGAUACAAAAUCAAGGUACAAAUUUUUGAUUACCAUCAAAGGUACCAUUUUUAUAAAGUAUUAAAAUAGAUACACAUAUGAAAAUUAGACAUUUUAAUGAUGAAUUUUUAAUAGUACUUUAUUAAAACUCCUUGCUAUUAAACGUUAUAACCAUCUUCUUGGCUAAAGAAGUCUUAGAUACGUAACAGACAAAUGUUUUUGAGUCUUCUUGGCUUCGGAUUCUUCAUAAAUCUCUUGGCUAUGGAUCCUUUUGCGGAUGAAAACUCUCAUUAAUAUGGAGAGAUCAAAGUAGAACUCUGAGAAAGUGAUGCUGAGUCAGACUUGGCAAUACCAUGAUUUGGCAGUGCAGCAAACACAGUGGACACUGGGCAUUGUCAAGUCUAAUUUUCAGUAUUGCCAAACUUCUUAUGCUAUCUUAUGAAAUCUACUUUCGUCUGAUCAUCUAGUAUUUAUCCAUUAUUGAAUAUAAGACUCCUUUAGCAAUGAAGUUAAUUAUAACAUAAGUAUUAUUUCAUUGCUUACAUCCAUAGCUAGAAUUUCAGUGAUAUUUUUUUUUUUAUCAGUAUGAAAGCAGAAUGACAUAUCAUUUUUAUGGCAGAAAUCUGCCAAAUCACUUCAUCAGUAUCAAAAAGUUUGUUUAAUUAUAUUGAGUCUGUCAUUAGAUGAUUUUAUGCAUUAUUUGUAAUUCUUAGCUUAAGUGCAUUAACUCAAUGAUAUAUAAAAUAAGAAGCUAUAAAUACUAUUGUUUUAGUAUAUAAUAAUAAGUUUAUUAGGCAUUUUAAAAAUGAUUUUCGUCUCACUUCAAAAGCAUAUACUUAAAAAUUAGAUUUUGAUUGUUUUUUUCCUUAUUUUCCACUUGAAUCAUUUCUGCUUAAAGUAGAAUAAAUAAAAAUUUCUUAAGACAUUUGUUUAAAUAUGUAUAAUUUCAUAAAGAUUGGAUGUUUGUAAGCUUUCUAAAAUAAUGUAACUAGCACUUAAACUUUAACAUUACACUUAAACUUUACAACAAUACACAGAAAUGUAGCCCCGUGAGUUUCGUGGUAGGAAAUUUUACACACUAAACCAACGGUCCCCAACCUUUUUAUCGCCGCGGACCGGUUAACGUUUGAUAAUUUUACCACGGCCAACUGAGGGGGGACGAUGAUUGUUUAUAUUUUAGAUUGAUUUAAUUUAAUAAUUUUAAUUUAAUUGUAUUUAAACAUGCCUUCAAAAUAAAAUACAAUUACACCAAAAAAAUGAAUAUAACGUGAUUUAACAUUUUAACUCACUAGAACGCUAAAUCAAUGCGAACCCUGAGCUUGUUUCUUUGCAACGAGACGGUUCCAUCUGAAGGUAAUAGGAAACAAUGACACCCGAAGUGUGUUUCUUAUGUCCAGUUUAUUCCGUUGUUCCGUCGUCCAUUAAAAGUCGCACAAACCCGAGGAAAUACACCAUAAUAAAAUGGAAAUAAUUUAAUGUUCCUUGGGCGGCCCAGUACCAUUUGAUCCAACGGACCGGUACCGGUCCGCGGCCCGGGGGUUGGGGACCACUGCACUAAACCAUCCAAGUUCUCUGAUUCCAUCUUUCUUCUUCACAAAUAAAAUGCCUCUUGCCCCAGUUAUCAUAUUUCUGGAUUAUCAACUUACAGAAGACAAUAGCAUUUUGCUUAUAAUGUUUGUUACUUGUGAUGGAACUACAUUCCUCCAAUCAAAUGAAUAAGAUAUUUCAUUGAUCCUCUGGCAGGUCUGUCCAGCUACCCCACACUCAUUUCUGGCUACAUCCCUGAAUACAGUAAAUCCUUGCAUUUAUAGCACAAUUACUUUAUGGAAAAUCAUUGUUAAGCAAGCUGUUAACUUUUUUGUAAGAUUAGACUUAUAAAUUAAGGCCAUGUUCCUGGAAAUAGAAAUGUAGUAGUACAUUUGUUACUACAGUAUUAAAAUUACACAAAUGAUUUUCUCUUUAGGGAACCAUAAUACAUGCAAACACAAAGGUUUUUUUUUUUAAUCCAAUCUUGCAUUUUUUGACAGUCAAAUGGCCAAGCAGUUAAAUUAAGGUGGCAGCCAUCUCAUAUUGAAUCUCAUCCCUCGCAGCCUGACCAAAUUCAUAAUCCAUAAUGAACUUGCUAAAAAGAGGCCCUUUUAGUGUUCGCAGAACAGAAAGAGUUAAAAAGAAUUGGUUUUCUUUCUAACUUUUAUCGUGUUAACCGAAUAAUCGUGACUUUACAUAUUUCAUGACUAUUGGCUUGAAUCUAAUCCAUAUCCUUGACUUAUUUAUAAGCAACAUGGAUCUGAACAUUAUUCCUUAUCUCUCAUUUAUGUUGCCUAAUUGUAGUUUCACUUAUAAUGGAUGCAAGUUGUAUAGCUAAUAGUAUGCUGAAACCUUAAAAAUCAAUCAGUUUAAAUUUUGUUAUGGUAUAGGUAACAUUUUGAGACAAUAUGCAGUAAUAAUAUACAGUAUAAUUUGGUAAAUAAGGCGACCUUCAAAUAAGAAAAGGCCUGAAUUAUUAAAACAUUUGUGAUGAAGUUUUGGCCAGUAGUAGCAAUCUUCAGUGUGAUGAUAUAUUGAUGUUAUAGUAAGAUGCAAAAUGCACAGAUGAAAGAAAGUAUGCUUUGUUAGCAAGCAGUCAAUGUCUGUAAAUGAUAAAGAUAUGCAGUCCUCUCAAGACUUGUAUAUAAUUUCUUUUAUUUGAGGUUAUUGGAUGGGACAUGAAACUUAUAUUGGCAUUUUGCAUAGAAUAUUAAGGUCAUUGUUUUGGUUUAUAAGUUACAAUUCCUGGUUUAGAUAGUAAGAAAUUUUUUCACAUAAACAAGUAUCAGUAGUUGAAUCUGAAAUCUGUGCAGCUCAUAAUUCAUAUUUACUGUGAUAUUUUUGAUACUUUCAAUACAAAAUUAAAGUAUUGUGACAGUGAUAGUAACUCACAGAAUAAUUGCAAUAUACUUUGUUUGAACAUUGUAAAAAUGUAAUAGAAAAUUAUGACAAUCUCUUUAUAAAACUGAAAAUUUCAGUAAAUUUUAAACACUUUGUUAUAAGCUUUUAUAGAAAGUAAGAAUAUUUAAAAUAUACACACAGGCCCCUGUUGCAUGAUGCUGUUCUUAAAAUUUACAGUUUGUAUCAGACCCUCCUCCAUUAGCAUUUAUUAUUUCUAGUCUACUUAUUUGGCAGAUGUCCUUUCUGUUGCUAAAUUCUCCCUCUUUUUUGUUAAGAUAGAAUUUAGAUUUGAAAUAUUUCGAAUCUAAUAAACUUAUAAAAUAGAACAUUAAAAAGAAUGAAAUUUAAAAUACACAAUAGAAUUUUGUAAUUUAAAGGACCGUCUUUGCACGUGGACAUAUAAAAGUGGAAUCAUUCAAUUUUUAUCUGUCCUUGACUGAGAAUGGGUUGUUAGCUGGGAUAAAAUUUAAAUAUUAUUGUUUCACCAAUGUUUUUCAUUGUUAAAGGUUCAGCACUUAAUUCAGUUGUAUUAUAAUCUGUUGUUUGCUUUUCACAUCACACAAUUAGAUCAAACAAUCAUUUUAACUACUAAAUGAAUGUGCAUUAUGUAAUUUAUAAAUUUUUUGUAUUAAAAUUAUUCGAUAUUCAUAUUUUUAGCAAAGAUCGACUAUUCGUUUGACGUUUUUGCUAAAGUAAAAAUUUUAAAGAUGAGUUGCUUUAAAAUUGGUUUGAACAAUCAGUUUUUCGGAUUUUACAAGGCUAACAUUAUAUCGUUACCGAAAACAGACUCCUCCCUUUAAGAGUUUAUUCACUUUACAGUUUUUCUAUACAGAUUUCUGACAAAUUUUGACGAAAGUGAGAUGAAAUUAAGACUCCGACCAUCAAAAUUUUGUUUUUGUUUAAAAAUUAGAAUCUUUUGGCAGAAAUUUUAAGUAUGGGUCCACCACUGAUUAUCUGGCAACUGAUCAUCGUGGCACUUUCUUCAAUCUGGACUAAAUCUACAAGAAAUAUGGAAAUUCCUGAAACUCCAAUACAAUUUACAGUCACUCAUAAAUCAUAUUGCACAUAACGCACACUUUCUGUAACAGAUUAAGUAUGCAAGCCACUAUGAAAAAAUUCUCUUAUAAACUGAAAAAUUGCUUAAAUUUAUUUCAGAAAUGUUGUUAAGAAUAUGUUACUUAAUAACACAAAUAUAUACUUUUAAUUUUUCGCAAUACAGAAUGUAUCUAGCAGUUUGUAUGCUAGAGAAACAGGACGAGCAUAAUUAAUGACCAAAUGUAUAUUGUUACAUGACCUUUAUCAAUCUGGGUUGUUAUAAAAUCAAUGGUGUACCUGCGGUAUGCUUAAAAUACGUCAAGAGAUAGCAUCAGAUUUUGGACAUGCCUCAGAUAUUCACAUAAGGAUGGGUCAAUAAAUAAACGUCUGGGGCAACUAUCCACUCUGUUGCUUUCAGCUGGUUAUUUAUUGAUUCACAUUUAUAUAUAAAAGUAAAUAAUGUAAAUUAUCAGAUUCUCUUUUGGACAUAUUUAAUAAAAAUUUCAGAAGAGAAUAAAAUUGCCUUAGUUUUUAAUGCUUGAUAUAUUAAUAGUCAUCUUCUACGCAGAUAGAAUAGCAUACAAAUUUAGAAUGAAUGUGCUCCAUCCUCAGUUAACAAGUAGACAUUUUCAAGUAGAAUGGUUUCAAAACCAUUUGUUUAUUCAGUUAACUAGUCCAAUGCAGGAUAGAAUGGAUAACACACAUUUUUAAUGCCAAAAUAUGGAUUUUUAUAAGAGUGGAUCAAUAAAUAACCAACACGGCUGAUUAUUUAUUGAUCCACUCUCGUAAUUUAGUGACAUUUUUACAAUUUUAUAUUAAUGUUAUGAUUUCUUUACUCUAUAUAAAAUGAUAAUAAAAUUAUUAUUAUUUGAUAAAUCUUUAUUAUUUUUUAAAUAUAUAAAAAUUAUAUAUUUUGUUAUUUUGAAGUACUCCAUAAACUCGGUUUUGUUUGUACUAAUUUUAUACGUAAUAAUUGUAAUUAAUUGCUAAAUGAAAUUAAUAUAUUGUUUAUGGUUGUGUUUACAGAUAUUUAAUUUAUUGUAUUAGAAAUUUUUAU